AUGACGAAAUUGAUAAUUCUCAUACUCGGCCUUUCUUCCGCCCAAAGAUCUCCAAGAAGAAAUAAUCGCAACAGAAAUCGAGGUCCUCCCACAGCCAAGCCAACGACCCGCGCUUUCAACCUCGACGAAUCAAACUACAUCGGCAAUGUUGGCGACGAAAUGGACCUGUCUUUUGGAAUGGACGGCUUCGCUGGAUACGAGUAUGAAGGACUCGACAUGUUUUUCGGCGCUUCUUACGGCGGCUUCGAAUCGAUUUACGGAGACAACCUCGGCGACUUGAAAAAUGGCGUUGUUCCGACUUUGACUGCGACGACUCAGCCGGUAACACGGCCAAUGGUUCCAACAACUCUGCCUUUCGCCAAGGUAGAAAAGCCACUACCUGAAUUCCAGCCAAAAGAGCCAGCGAAAAAACAGCCAAAGAAAAAGAAGUUCCAAAAGAAAAAGAACCAGCGGGCAACAACAGAAGAACCGACAACUGUUGAAGUGACGACUACAACGACCACUACGACCACCACUACAAGUACUACAACCACGACAAAAACAACUACUACAAGUACAACUUCUACUACAACUACUACUACAACUACUACUACUACGACUUCUACGACAACUUCAACAACGACUACAACCACAACGACGACAACGACGACAACGACGACAACGACGACAACUUCAACAACUUCAACUACUACAACAACGACUUCAACAACAACUACUACAACAUCAACUACAACUUCUACUACCACAAGUUCUUCCACAACCACCACAUCAACCACCACCACUACCACCACUACUUCAACAACAUCUACUACUACCACCAAAACAACAACUUCAACUACUUCUACAACUUCAACAACUACCCAAACCACCACAACAACCAGCACCACCACUGAACCCGAAAAGCCCCUCGCCACCUUUUCCAACUGGUCCGAUUUCUCCGCCUGUUCAAAAUCCUGCGGCGAAGGCGGCAUCAAAACUCGCUCGAGAACUUGCUCUUCUGGAAUUCCUUCUGAUUGCGAAGGCCCUGAAACUGAGUCUGAGCCGUGCUUUCUCAAAGCUUGUCCAGUCUAUCUCGGCUGGGCGAAUUGGUCGACUUGCUCUCUUUCCUGCGGAGGCGGGUCUCAUUCGAGAAGAAGAUAUUGCUCGACAGGUGAUUUGAUGGACUGCCAAGAGUUCGGAACAUCAAUCGAAACCGAGACCUGCAAUGACUCCCCCUGCCCAGUUUUCGAGCAAUGGACAAACUGGACCACUUGCUCUCGCUCUUGCGGAGGCGGAAAUCAACGACGAAACCGAGCUUGUUCUUCAGGCCGAAUCACUGACUGCAAAGGAAGCUCCGUCGAAUUCCAAGAAUGCGAAAAACAAGCGUGUCCAGAAUGGAAGCUCUGGCAGCAAUGGUCCGAGUGCUCGAAAUCAUGUGGAAAUGGCGUUCGAAAUCGUGUCCGAGCCUGUUCCACGGGAAGACUUGUUGACUGCUUCGGCGAUUCCGUCCAGCAACAGCCUUGCCGAGCGUCGAUUUGUCCUACUAGUGAGCCGCCAAAGACGCUUAUUGCUCGACAACGGGAGCCGUCUAGAUUUGCCAACAGCCAGAAUUCCGAUACACUAGAAAUCAAGGUUGAAGAAAUCACAGCUUCGGAAGAUCUUGAAAAGAACCACGAAAACGGAUUCGGCCUCUUCCAACAAAAUGGCCGAAGAAAGCAAAUUGCUCGAGGAAGCCGAUUUGAUUCAAAAUACGAUUAUGAAAGCUACUACGAUGGCGAAUAUGGAAACUACUACUACGAAGAGACAUAUGGACAGGCUGCUUUUGAUCCAACGGUUUUGAUGCCGUUCAAGAAUAAAGUGGAAGACUCAAAGAUUGGUUAUCAAAUAGUUUAUUCUAGAAUUUACGAAAGAACUGGUCGAAUAAGCUGCUGGAGAUGCGAUGACUCAAGCUCUUGGGAAGAUUGCUGGACAAACGGAGAGUUCGAGCAGUGUGUUGACUUUCAGGACUCCUGCCAACUUACAGUCAGGCGAAGAGGCAUUGAUUUUUGGAUCAACACUGGCUGCAAACAAGCAUCAGCUUGCGAAGUGAACAAAUCGCAGAACUUCGUGUCCGAAACACCAAUCAACUCCCAAUGCGACCCAUCUGAAGAGCACUCCGUCUGCAGGCAAUGCUGCUACGACCACGGCUGCAACCACGAAUGGGCCCCACUUUCGCUCGAGCAAUGGGCCGAAGAUCUCUCCCCAAACGCGACUUAUCCGCAAAAUGGGAGCUACUAA